CAUGAGAUACAAUUUGCCUGCUCGAAAGAAGUGACUGUAAAAAGGGAGGGGGGUUAUCCACAAACAUAUUCAUAAGGGUUGACGGAAUGGCCACCGCGGCUUCCAAUCCUUAUCUACCCAGCAAUAGCAUCUUAUCGUCCGGCUCCAUCGUGCACUCUGACUCCGGGGGUGGUGGCAUGCAGCCGGGCAGCGCUGCGGUUACCUCCGGGUCUGGGGGCUACAGGGGAGACCCCUCAGUCAAGAUGGUACAGAGUGACUUUAUGCAAGGCGCAAUGGCAGCGAGCAACGGGGGACACAUGCUGAGCCAUGCCCAUCAGUGGGUGACAUCCCUCCCGCACGCCGCAGCGGCCGCAGCAGCAGCCGCGGUCGCAGCAGCUGAAGCCGGAUCGCCUUGGUCGUCGAGUCCCGUUGGGAUGACGGGCAGCCCGCAGCAGCAGGACGUGAAAAACUCCGGCAGAGACGAUCUGCACACGGGCACCGCGCUGCACCACAGGCCCCCUCACUUAGCUCCCCAUCAGACUCACGCCGGGGCUUGGGGGAGCACGACUGCGGCGCACAUUAACUCCAUAUCCGGGGGGCAGCAGCAGCAGCAGUCGCUGAUCUACUCCCAGCCGGGAGGGUUCACUGUGAACGGGAUGCUGAGUCCGGGGAGCCAGAGCCUGGUGCACCCGGCACUGGUGAGAGGAGACACCCCGGAUCUGGACCACGGCAGCCACCACCACCACCAUCACCACCAGCAUCCGCAUCACCAGCACCACGGCGGCGUCAACAGCCACGACCCGCACUCGGACGACGACACGCCGACCUCGGACGACCUGGAGCAGUUCGCCAAGCAGUUCAAACAGCGGAGGAUCAAACUGGGCUUUACGCAGGCGGACGUCGGCUUGGCUCUGGGCACCCUGUACGGGAACGUUUUCUCUCAGACAACCAUCUGCAGAUUCGAGGCUCUGCAGCUCAGCUUCAAAAACAUGUGCAAGCUCAAGCCUUUGUUAAACAAGUGGCUUGAGGAGGCCGACUCGUCCACCGGCAGCCCCACCAGCAUCGACAAGAUCGCGGCGCAAGGAAGGAAGCGAAAGAAGCGCACAUCCAUCGAAGUGAGCGUCAAGGGGGCUUUGGAGAGCCACUUCCUAAAAUGCCCCAAGCCCUCGGCCCAGGAGAUCAGCUCCCUGGCGGACAACUUGCAGCUGGAGAAAGAGGUGGUUAGAGUGUGGUUUUGCAAUAGGAGACAGAAGGAAAAACGGAUGACGCCCCCAGGAGUGGCACAGACGCCGGAGGAUGUGUACUCUCAGGUCGGCAAUGGGCAUUUUUUAGUAGAUUACUUAAAAGAUGCAAGUGAAGCGAGCGACCAGAGGGUGACAACUACAAGUUCAUUCCACCAGGUAAUUUUGGCGCAUUGAGACACACCAAGAGGAAAACCAAGUAUUGUUUUUAUCUUUUUUUUUCUCUUACCCC